UAAAUUGGAGGAGGUGUAGUUACCUCUUAUCAGUCGUCUAACAUAGAGGGCCGUGGGGCAAACAGAGGUCUGAACCAAAGAGCAAUUAAACCAGCAAUUACAUCAGAUGGAGGUGGAUGUAGCAGAUGAGAACCACCAUUGCACACGCUCAAAAGUUCCCCUGGAGCCAGCCAUACAAGAGUUGUUCAGUGUGUAUGGCUGUCCUGUCGCCAAGAAGAGAAAACCCCUGGAGAGUCAUGCCCUGGAGCCCUCGCCCAAGAGGAAGGUCUUUCUCACAGUCAUAGACCAACAGCCAAUGGAGAAAUGCUAUAACACGCACAAAAUUGAGGAGAUGGAUGAAAAAGAUGAGGAAGAGGAUGAGGAGGAGGAAGAGGAAAAGGAAGAUGAAGAGGAAGCGGAGGAGGAAUAUACAGACAAUGAGGACCAAUAUGAACAGGAAGAGGUAGAAGUGAUUAAUGGAGAAGAGGAAGAGGUGGAGCAGGAAGAAGAUGAAGUGGUGGAGGAAGAUGAGGAAGAAGAAGAAGAAGAAGAAGAAGAAAGAGAGGGGGAGGAUGAUGAAGACGAGGAUGAGGUGGAGGAAGAUGAGCAAGAGGAUGAGGAGCAAAUUCAAGAAAUAGAGAGUGACUAUAUGAAUUGCAGUCCCAGCAGAACAAGCCUCUCCAUGGAGAAGGACAACAACAACAACGAUGAAUAUGACAACUACGAUGAACUGGUGGCCAAAUCUCUGCUUAACCUGGGCAAGAUUGCAGAGGACGCCGCUUACCGGGCCAUGACUGAAUCCGAGAUGAACAGCAACUCCUCAAACAGCGCAGAAGAGGAAGAGGAGGAGGAAGAAGAAGAUGAAGAUGAUGAAGAAGAUGAGGAUGAGGAGGGCUCAAGGAAAGGUGAGCUGAGUCUAGACAUCAACAGUGAUGUGGUAAGGGAGACUGUGGACUCUCUAAAACUCCUGGCACAGGGUCAUGGAGUCACGCUCUCAGAAAACCUCCACGAAAAGCCUUUUCAGGACGAUGGGAGCGAGAACACGGACUGUGGAAACAUCAACGGAAAUGGAUCCACAGGUAAUGGAUUCAGUGGUAACUGUGGUAAACCCUCCAGUAAUGGCCAGAUGGCAGAGAAGAGCGACGAGGAAGUUUGUCUGAGUAGUUUGGAGUGUCUUCGCAACCAGUGCUUUGACUUGGCGCGCAAGCUAAGUGAGACCAAGCCAACCGAGCGGUUCCACAAUAACCAGCAGGAGGCUCAUCAGCUUUAUCAAGAAGCCCAACAUCAGCAUCAGAGUCCUGAUGUCCUCGAGCGGAAUUACUCUGACAUGGUCAACCUGAUGAAGCUUGAGGAGCAGCUCAGCCCACGCUCCAAGACUUUCUCCAGCUGCGCCGCAGAGCACAAGGGCUUCCAGGACUGUGAUGAAGACACCACCUCCGUCACGUCGGACCGCUCAGAGGAUGUUUUCGACAUGACCAAAGGCAACCUGUCACUGCUGGAGAAGGCCAUAGCACUGGAAACGGAGAGGACCAAAGCUUUGCGGGAAAAAAUGGCUUCGGAAGCAGUCAGGAGAGACAGACUGCAUUUGCAUGAGCAUGGUUUGCGGCACAGCUAUGCAGAGGAGCGGAAAGUGCGCCUGCACCACCAUGGUCUAAAGAAGCCCUACUACCUUAAAGAUUCCUCACGGUCAGGGAAAAAAGAGAGUCGGUGUCCAGCGCCUGGUUGUGACGGCACAGGUCAUGUGACGGGUUUGUACCCGCAUCAUCGCAGCCUGUCUGGAUGUCCUCAUAAAGACAGAGUCCCACCAGAAAUUCUUGCAAUGUAUGAAAAUGUUCUAAAGUGCCCUACGCCUGGCUGCACGGGCCGGGGUCACGUCAACAGCAACAGGAACUCUCACAGGAGCCUGUCGGGCUGUCCAAUAGCGGCUGCAGAGAAACUGGCCAAAGCCCAUGAGAAACAUCCGUCAUGUGAUGGAGGCAAAUCCAACCAGGCUUCAGAUCGUGUGCUCAGGCCCAUGUGCUUCGUCAAACAGCUGGAGAUUCCACAGUACGGCUAUAAAAACAAUGUGCCCACUUCAACCCCACGAUCCAACCUGGCCAAAGAGUUAGAGAAAUACUCCAAAACCAACUUUGACUACAACAGCUAUGACAACACCAACAUCUACAGCAAACGGCACACUGCUGCACUCAAAGUCCACAGUCGGGACACACUGCCCAAGACUGAUGAUGCGAAGCGCUACUGCAAGAGCUCCAGUUCGGCGAGCAGCACCACCAGCAGCUACGGGCCCAGCAGCAGCAGCCUGAGCUGUGGAGGAGGAGGAGGAGCGAGCAGCGCCAGCAGCACCUGCAGCAAGAGCAGCUUCGACUACACACACGACAUGGAGGCGGCGCACAUGGCUGCUACCGCCAUCCUCAACCUCUCCACCCGCUGCAGAGAGAUGCCACAGAGUCUGAGUCGGAAACCCCUGGAGAUCUGCACGCAGGCUGAUGAUCUGGAUCCCUUCCAGGACAUUUUAGAGGACAGCGCGUACACUACUGAUGUCGGCAUUCCCAGUCCCAAACCAAAAUUCCCGCCUUGCAAAGAAAGCAAAAAGGACCUGAUAACUCUUUCAGGUUGUCCUUUAGCAGAUAAAAGCAUUCGGAGUAUGAUGGCCACCAACUCACAAGAACUCAAGUGCCUGACCCCGGGCUGUGACGGCUCGGGACAUAUCACUGGCAACUAUGCUUCACAUAGAAGUUUGUCAGGAUGCCCACGGGCUCGGAAGACUGGAAUAAAGAUAACACACAGUAAAGAGGACAAGGAAGACCAGGAGCCGAUCAGGUGUCCGGUUCCUGGUUGUGAUGGUCAGGGUCACAUAACGGGCAAAUAUGCGUCACACCGCAGCGCAUCAGGCUGCCCUCUAGCGGCCAAACGGCAGAAGGACGGCUAUAUCAAUGGCCCCCAGUUCACAUGGAAGGCUGGGAAGACGGACGGUAUGUCAUGUCCCACCCCAGGCUGUGACGGCUCUGGACACGUCAGCGGCAGUUUCCUGACCCACAGAAGUCUCUCUGGUUGCCCACGUGCCACAGCAGCAAUGAAGAAAGCCAGACUAUCAGGAGUGGAGAUGCUCACAAUAAAACAGCCAACAAGCAAUGGUUUAGACGGUGACACAGAUGUUAAACAGCUGGAUGAAGAUAUUAAAGAUUUAAAUGAAUCAAAUUCACAGGUGGAGGCGGAUAUGAUCAAACUUAGAACACAGAUUACCACAAUGGAGUCUAAUCUGAAGUCCUUAGAGGAAGAAAACAAGAAAUCACUUCACAAAGAGCCUCCAGGUAGACAUAGCAGCUGUUUACAUCAGAGAGAGCCGAUGAGCGAACAGAACUUUGACGCAUACGUGACCACGCUAACGGACAUGUACACGAAUCAAGAUCACUAUCAGAGUCCAGAGAACAAGGCCCUGCUAGAAAAUAUAAAACAAGCGGUACAAGGCAUUCAAGUCUAGCAUCUCAGAACGUUCCUAUAUACAACAAAGGAAUACUGAGGAAAGAAGACACUUCCAAAAAAACAAAAACAAAAAACAAUAAUCA